AUGAAGCUUGUAGCGGCUGCCAGGGUACGAAGAGCUCAAGACGCAGUCAUCAAUGGACGGCCCUUCUCUGAGACCCUUGUGGAGGUUUUAUACGACAUCAAUGAGCAGCUUCAAGGUGAAGACGUUGAUAUCCCUUUGACUAAUGUUAGACCUGUCAAGAAAGUAGCCCUUGUGGUCAUUACCAGUGAUAGAGGUCUGUGUGGUGGUUUCAACAAUGCAUUGACUAAGAAAGCGCAUACCCGAAUUGUGGAGUUGAGGAAAUUUGGAUUGGAGGUGGUUCUAAUCAGCGUUGGGAAGAAGGGAAACUCGUAUUUUAUGCGUAGGCUGGAGAUUAAAUCCCCUUCUCAAUCCGAUAGCUUCUUUUCCUUUGAUUAUCGUCAUUCCCUCCUUCUCUUCUUCCUGCUUCAUCUCCACCAUUUCUGGGUUCUUACAGAGAAGGGAAGAAAAAAGGGAAGGGAAGGAAAGGAAAGAAGAAGAAGAGGACACGAUAUGGUGCUUCAGUCCACCAAUGUGAGUUUGUAA